UUACCUUUCCCGUCCCAAAACAAGAGGACAUAUUUGUAUACACCUCGUGGCUGAAUAUGUCGGCGUGCACUAAAUUUCAGUAGUACUCUACCACCAGUUGUUAACCCGAUGUUAAAGCUGACAUAGGUCAACAUCAGCGAUCACGUUAUCAGAAGUCUAAAGAAGAUCUGCCGACGUAUCAAUUGAUUGUGUGAUAAGCUUUCAAAGAGAAACCAGAAAAAUGUUGGUUCUUUUUGAAACCCCAGCUGGCUAUGCAGUAUUUAAGCUUCUCGAUGAGAAGAAGCUGCAGAAAACUGAAAACCUGUUUCAUGACUUUGAAACUCCUGAAGGAGCAAGUAAAGUGGUCAAGUUGAAACAAUUUUCUAAGUUUGAAGAUACAACUGAAGCACUUGCUGCUGCAACAGCUGCUAUUGAAGGUAAAAUGAGCAAAAACCUGAAGAAGAUGCUAAAGAAAAUUGUAGCAAAAGAUGCGCACGAACAACUUGCUGUUGCUGAUGCAAAGUUGGGCAAUGUUAUCAAGGAUAAGCUCAACCUUAGCUGUGUUGCAAACUCGUCCAUCCAAGAGCUGAUGCGUGGAAUCCGUGCACAGAUGAGCAGUCUCAUCACAGGAAUUGACCAGAAAGAUAUCAGUGCUAUGGCACUGGGACUGGCUCACAGUUUGUCAAGAUACAAGCUUAAGUUCAGUCCAGACAAAGUGGACACAAUGGUUGUUCAAGCCAUAUCUCUGCUGGACGACUUGGACAAGGAGUUGAACAACUACGUGAUGCGAUGCCGAGAGUGGUAUGGCUGGCACUUCCCUGAGUUAAGCAAGAUCAUCGGCGACCAUCUUGCCUUUGCGCGCGUCGUCACGAGAAUGAGGGUGAGGACAAAUGCUGUUGAUACAGAUCUUUCAGAUAUACUGCCCGAGGAGGUAGAAGCAGCAGUGAAAUCGGCUGCCGAAAUAUCUAUGGGCACAGAGAUAUCUACUGAAGAUAUCGACAACAUUAUUCACCUUUGUGAACAGAUCAUUGAAUUGACAGACUACAGGACACAGUUAUAUGAGUACUUGAAGAACAGAAUGCUUGCUAUCGCUCCUAAUGUCACUGUUUUACUAGGAGAACUCGUUGGAGCUCGACUAAUUGCACAUGCUGGAUCCCUGAUGAAUUUGGCGAAGCAUCCAGCCUCUACAGUUCAAAUUCUCGGCGCAGAAAAGGCACUCUUCAGAGCGCUGAAAACCAAACACGAUACACCAAAGUAUGGCUUGAUAUAUCAUGCUUCACUGGUUGGGCAAAGCUCUGCAAAGCUGAAGGGAAAGAUGUCCAGAAUGCUGGCAGCAAAAUCAGCAUUGGCAAUCAGAGUAGAUGCGCUUGGGGAAGACCAGACCUUUGAUAUCGGCACGGAGUUCAAAGCGAAAUUGGAGUUGAAGUUGCGUGAGAUGGAGCAGACAGGGCCGAUGGGAGUUAGUGGGCUUGGCAGAAAGAAGGCUCAGUACGAGAAGUAUGAAAACAAAAGUGAAAUCAAGACCUACAAUUCUGGGAUGGAUUCAACUAUUCCUGCUGCUGCAAAAAAACGGAAGCUUGAAGAAAGUGACACAGAUAAGACCCCCGUCAAGGCUAAAAGGCAAAAGUCUGAUGAACUGGAGGUUAAGGAAGAACCAGGUGCUGGCACAGGCAAGACUCCUGCUAAAGCUAAGAAGCGAAAAUCAACAGGUGAAGUCAAAUCUGGACCAGGUGCUGACACAGACAAGACUCCUGCUAAAGCUAAGAAGCGAAAAUCAACAGGUGAAGUCAAAUCUGAAUCAGAUGACAGCAUUGCCACCUCUGAGAAGAAAAAGAAGAAAAAGAAGAAAGACAAGUAAAGGAUGAUGAGGAUUAAUAUAUGGUGGAUGAAGAUGUGAAAAGAAUUUUUUUUAAGUUUUCUAAAUAUUCGGAAGUAAAAUUAUAACGAAUGUGUACUCAAAAGAAACAGUAAUCAGUUGACCAUUCACAGUUUCAUGCUGUGAUCAUCUAUACUUUGAUUAUUUUCCCAAGUAGCCUUAAACUUUAAAAAACCAUGGCAGUUUCAAAAACCUUAGGAUUCAUUGGGGGUUAAUAUCAAGUUUUAAUUUGUUAGUGUUAAGUUUCAAUGGAGUUGGCAAAUUAAACAUUGGAAAUGGUAUAAGUAUAUGACAUAUGUUAAUUGAGAAAUUAAGGCCCCCAUCUCUGAGAUGUAAUCAUGUGUAAAAUGCAAUCAUAGUGGGACCAUCCUAUCAUCAGACGGUCUAACGUGUGCUAUAAUGAGUACCAUAGCUGCAGGAGCUGUUACUUGAUGCCAACUGUCUAACAGUAGAUACGAUUAUGAAUGAGAGAUUGUAUGGCGUGUUUUUAUAAAAGAAAUUUAAGUUCUUCAAAUACAAUUGUAGUUGUAGAA